AUGGAACGUGCCAAGAAUGAACCCGUAUCCAAAUGUAAAGCCUCUGCCAAAGGGAAGCCUCCGACCAGGCUACAAAAACAAGCACCCACUGCACUACAUCUAGAUGGCAUCAGAAAUGCUUCCAAAGUUUUCCCUUGUUCCGAUCCUCCUGAGGAUGCUUCCUCUCUCGCUGCGAUUCCUUUGCUGUCCCCAAUUCCCCUACUUUCCCCGUCACGUGAGGCCCCAGAUGAAUCAAGCGGUGACGGCGGCUGCGGCAACGGCGCCAGUGGUGGAGAACAAUGCAGAAUUGAACAGCAGAACUUCGGUCACCUUUCAGCAAGUGGUGGGUGGCAGCACCCAGCAGUUACGACCCCGUUAACAGAACCUUCAGCAUUAUCCGCUAUGUUCCAGUCGCAGUGCUCACUUGUAAAUCCAAAUCAGCUACAGGUUUCCCAGCGUUAG